AUGAAUUCAAGUGAGAUACAUGAAAUUCAGAGUUCUGCAAAUUAUAAAAUCAUCAUACCAAUUUCAAUAUUUUGUGCAUUGAUUUCAAUAAUUAUUUCUUGUGGAAUAUUAAUGGUCAUCUUUUUAAACAAACGAUUACAUACAAUGGCGCAUAUUUUAAUUUGUAAUACGUGUUUUACAUCGAUAUUUUAUAGUGUAGUUCAAAGUAAUAAUUAUAUAUAUUUGAUAUUUAUUACACAAGAUACAAGUGAUUUAUCAUGUCGAUUUCGUGCUUAUUUUGGUUAUCUGUCUAUAGCAGCAGUUAUUUAUUCAUACUUUAUUCAAGCUUUAUCACGAUUAUUCUACUCCAUAUUUCAUAGAAAUCAACGAUGGAUACUUUCAUUUAAAACUCAAUGUAUAAUGAUAUUGAUACAAUGGAUGGUUGUAAUCUUAAUUCCGUUGCCAGCAAUAUUAACAAAAGAUAUAUAUUAUCGUCCAACAUUUCUCUGUUGGGUACCAAAAGAAAAAAUUUUACAUAUGACUUACACACUUCUUGUUUAUUAUGUGAUUCCGAUCACAUUGAUUGUUAUAAUUUAUAUAAAUAUUUAUUAUCGAGUCAAAUAUUUAGAAAAGAAUAUGAAUAUAAAAACAAUAAGAAAAAUACAACAAAAUCGAAAUCUUGAAAUUCUUCGAAAUAUUUUAAUACUUAUUGGAAUUUAUACAAGUGGAGGAAUUGCAACAUUUAUUUAUAUAACAACAAAAAUUGAAAUAUUCUAUUCAAUGGGAAUUGUAUUGUUACCAUUAUUUGUUACAAUUGAAAAAUUAAUGACAAUUUUACUUGACAGAGAAGUUAGAAAGAUUAUUAAAAAUUAUUUUUGUCAAUCAACAACUAAAAUUACAGUGAUUGUUAGAAAUCAAAAUCAUCUCGUUCGACAAAAUUAA